AUGUCUUCUCGCCAAAGUCAGGGUCACCACGACCCUAACACUUGCCCAGAGGUACAGGAAAGACUCAGCACCGAAGCUGCAGUCUACAAUGUCGUCCAAGAAGUCCGCCAGAUUCCUCAACCACAGCGAGGAGCCUCACAAUACCUGAACACCCGCCUUGCUGACCUGGCCAAAUCCGCAGACCUUAUGGUCACCGAGGAUGCAGAAGAUAUAGACACCAUCUUCGAGACAGUCCUGCAAGCACGCAUGUUCCGACAGGCUCUGCUUCCGAACAAACGCGGAACAGACACAACCAUCCCGGAAACUCAAGAACAGUUUCGAGCACAUGUCAAAGUCCUCUUCAAAGCUUUCAAAUGUGUUCCCGACGAGUGUGGCUGCCAAGAUGCGAUCAAGCGGCCAUUCAGAAACCAGAUCCACGACAAUUAUCUCGUCGAAUGUCUGUGUUGGGAGAUCUUGGAGGCGUGCAUCGAGCGUUCGAGAAAAGAGGCAAACCUCGUGGACGCAUGGGAACCUGGAAAGUUCAAGUAUAAGAAGGCCCACGAUUUGACAUUUGAAGAACGAUUUGAUAGCAUUGUGGAAACCAUGGCGACCUCGAAGACCAUCUGCAAACACCUCUUCGAUGUCAAGUACUUGCUCAAGGUCGUUGACGACCCAAAGACAAAUGCCGAGCGUGUGGAAGCGAACCGGAAGCUCAAUGGUCUCAAGGCGCGAGUCAUGAAGAGAGGCAAGGAAGCGGAGGCCGAGGACAACAGACGGGCCAAACGUGUCAAGACCGAAGCACCCAAAAAUGAAGAAGGCGACGCCGACGACUCUCCGUCUGUCAAGCAGCGGCCUCAUUGUCGUAGUCGUGCGUCAAGCGCUGAGACGACGGCUGAAAAACCAGUGGCCACGCCUACACGACCACCGCUCCCCACUGUUCACCCGUCUUCUGUUCCUGCGAAUAUGUCUAUGGCACCACCAGCCAUGUAUCACUCGCGCUAUCCACGAAGUUUUCAAUCAAGCCCUCUUCCUCAUUCUAACAACGUUUUCGACCUCAGCCCAUCUGGUCACGGCUCUCCAACAGGGAUGUUCGGCAACCCGUAUCGUCCAGCAUACUCGGCAAGCUACGGUCAGAGAAUGCAGACACCGUCUCCAAUGCAGCGGAAUGUCUUGCAUCAGAUUUCACCAAUGUUGGCCCCAGGCUAUGCCACUGCUUCUGAUUCUCGAUACCAUCCUACACAUACCAUGCACAGUUCCAGAUCCGCUUCCCGAGCAUCUACCCGGCAUAGCAACCCCACCACUCCCAGCGACCAGGGUUCGUCAUAUCAUAGUUGGUUGAGCCAGCCAGUGCAGGACAACCACGGGAUCAGCUCUAGCUACAGCUCUAGCUACAGCUCUGGGGCAUCCACAGUGAUGCAUGAAUCAUUCGCGCACUCUGCUGAUGAAAAUCCGCAAUGGGAUCAUAGCUACAACUCUGGUCUGGGCGCCUUGGCCGAUGCUGCAACCACCUUCGGCGACAAUGACGGCAUCAGGGCGGAGAAAUCCCACGGCAACAUCAACAUGUCCGACCUUCUUACACAAGAAGAGGCCGCACACACGAAUGGACAAGGUGGAUCUACCGAGUCCGAGCACGAAGAAGACGCAGAGUACGAAGACGAGUGA